AUGCAGGCUUCCACGGGUGCCCCUGAGGCCGGCGGAGGACACGCGACGCGGAGAGGUCAUUCACCCCAUCUCUCGAUUAGCGAUCCCAGCCACCAUGUGACGGAAGCAAUUGGGCACAUGUAUGGGGAUGACUACGAUCGCAACGAUCCGAAACGGCUCAGUUACAUAUCCUCGCCCCUCAGCGAGGCUAUUACCACAAUUCCGCGCUCCGCCGCCGGUUCAGAAUCCCCCCCCUCCUCAACCGCACUACCAUCCAACUCUUUGUCGGAGGGACACCUGGCCCCGACUAAUGGGCACCUGCGGCCGUCACUGGUUACUCACCGAUCAUUUGAGCGAGAAAGCGACACUGCUUCUCAAGAUGCAACCCGGUUGCCGUCGGAAACUGCUACAUCCUCCUUUCCUCUCAACGAUAUCGACUAUGAAUCAGACCCUGCCGCGGUGGCCCAGGAGUUAAACAAUCUGGCAGCCAUUCGGCGCAUGUCCAUGGAUGUGGGGGCUGCCGGCGACCCUGACCUUCCAGGAUUCGGUUCAAACCCCGCGAUCCCGACCCUACCACCCUCGCCUUCGGCCGACGAAAAUGAUGCAUCUCGGUUAUUCUGGGUUCCCGCGCGGUUACACCCGGAGUUGGCUCCGACAGAAUUCAAAUCGUUUCUUGAAAGCAAAGCGGAUCAUAUCAAGCGCAAAUCGGGGGAUUUCUCUUCUUCGCUGAGUCCCGAGCGCCAGGGUUCCGGAGGCAGCCUUCGCCGCAAGCGAUCCAUGCUGUCGAGGCAAAUCGACAGCUCUUCCGGUUAUACGGACGGUGCAGAUCGUUUAGAGCACCAGCGCUCGCAGUCAAGGAAACGAGAUGGCAUGCUGAGUCCCAAUUUGCAAGAGCUGGAGACCUUGGUGGAUGACUCGAAGCCGGUGGACAAAGAUUCUACGAUGGCACAGGGCAUACAGAAUAUGAACAUCACAACAGCCGAAGACAAGCCGAUUUUACCACCCGCUCCCCUGGGACACAGUCUGCGGCGUUCGACUCGAACUCAAUACAAGAAGGGUAGCUUGAAAAAGGGCGAAAAACUACCAUACUCCAAACGCCUCGGUAGAGGCUCCUCGGAAUCCGCUGAUACCCCUCCUGCGAUUGUUCCCUCGCCGGAGGAAGCCCCAAUUCUGGGUCUCACUCGCGUAUCGACAGAUCCCACCCCGAAGACCCGAACAGCCCGUGCGCCCUCCGCCCCUUCUCAUAGCACGGCCUUUGCUCCUGGGGCCACUACCAGUUCAACAUUUGAUUUGAUCCUCGACCGACCAGAGGCGGAGCAGGAACAAGCCUCGGCUGACGCGCAGCCAGAUACCACCCUUGAUCGAUCGGAUUCCAAGGGAAGAGCGACUGCUGCCACAUACGGCCGGCAAUGGCAUUCUCGCAUCAGCUCAAAUGGCCGAUCCACGUUGACUCUGCCUCCUCCCGAACAAAAGGUUCCCUCUAUCAUUGAAACCCCUCCGGCUGAUGCGAACCGGGCACCGCAAAGCUCGGCAUCACAAAGCAGUCGCACUUCAGAGAGAAAUACGCUCCCGUCCCUCCCUACCAAAUCAUCCUCCUUGCAUGACUCGGCCUCGAGCAAACGAUCCUUGAGCAACCGUCAAUACGGCAAAGAGAGCACCGCCAAGCCUACCGCCACUCUCAAUGACUUCGCCAAUAACCCCCAAUUGAUACCAGGCAACAGCACGCGGACUGAUAGCCUCUCAUUCAUCCCUACCCUAUCCGAGGAGCGCAAACCCGAGGAGCGCAAACCCGAGGAGCGCAAGUCUGAAGGCAAGAAGUCGAAGGACAAAAAAGACUCGGAGGGUGGCCGGAAGUCGAGCUGGCACUGGCUACUAGGCAGUGAAGACAAGGAUAAGGAUAAGAAAAAGGACAAGGACAGCGACUCGAAAAAAGGGAAAUCCAAAUCCGCCGAGAAGGUCCAAGACAGCACACGUGUGGAUACAGCAUCAUCAUCACUUGACAGCACCCAGCGGGGACGUGAAAGCCUCAUUUUGGACCGUCUGGAUCCGAAGUUGGAGGAGGAACGACGGAAGGACGGCGCUCGACGGGCUUCGGGAGAGUCGAAGAAAGAGAAGGAUUCCGGGAUUUUCUCGUCCAUCUUCGGUGGCGGGAGAAAGAAGCACAGCGGAGACGGACAUCACCGAAAGAAUUCGUCUCGAAAUCUGUCUCCGGAUCCCCCGGUGCGACAGCUGCGGGCUGACGUUGAUUAUCCGUGGAGCCGGUUCUCGAUUCUGGAGGAGCGGGCUAUCUACCGCAUGGCGCACAUCAAGCUUGCAAAUCCCCGGCGAGCGCUCCACUCCCAGGUGUUGCUGAGCAACUUCAUGUACUCGUACCUGGCCAAGGUGCAACAGAUGCACCCCCAGAUGCUGGUUGCGUCGUCCUCCGGGUCACAGAGGCAAUCCAAGUCCAGGGACCAGCCGGAAGAGUACCUCCAGUAUCAGCGAUACCAAGAACGGGCUUCGCAGGCACAGGAGCAACAAUACACGGAUAGCGCAUAUGACGAUCCUUCUAUGUACGACUACGAUGACGAUCCGCACGAUCACUACCGGUCCCACUCAGGGAGCCAUAACCGCGGCUAUGAGAAUGGCCACGCUUACGACUCCGGACAUUACCAAUAUGGACACUCAUCCUUUGGCGAUGAUGUCCAACUCGAUGACGACGAUGACGAUGAUAUGUGGUGA